CCAAGCAAAACAGAUCAAGACAAAACACAUCUAAAAAAUUCCAGAACAUUUCAUUUCUCCUCCAUUCAACUACUUUUUAUAGGCAUAAUCUCUUAAGAAAUACAUAUCGUUUAAUGCCAAGAUGGGCAUGGUUUUUGGAAAGAUCAGCGUCGAAACUCCCAAACAUGAAGUGGUCCAAUCCACAAACGACUAUGAAAUCCGAAAAUAUGAACCUUCUGUGAUAGCCCAAGUCACCUACGAUCCAUCCCAAUUCAGAGGCAACAAAGACGGCGGUUUCACUUUGCUGGCAAACUACAUAGGAGCCUUGGGCAAUCCACAGAACACCAAGCCUGAGAAGAUUGCCAUGACGGCCCCGGUCAUAACAAAAGCUUCUGAGAAGAUCGCAAUGACGGCUCCGGUCGUGACACAGAGCGGCGGUGGAGAGGAGAAGAAGGCGGUGACAAUGCAGUUCCUGUUGCCGGCGAAGUACCGGAAGGCGGAGGAGGCGCCAAGGCCGGUGGAUGAGAGGGUGGUGAUCACGGAGGAGGGUGAGAGGAAGUAUGGGGUGGUGAGGUUUGGCGGGGUGGCGACCGAGCAAGUGGUGGAAGUGAAGGUGGAGAAGCUGAAGAAGAGCUUGGAGAGAGAUGGUUAUAAGGUUGUUGGGGAGUUCUUGUUGGCAAGGUAUAAUCCACCUUGGACUUUGCCUGCCUUUAGGAUUAAUGAGGUUAUGAUCCCAGUUGAGUGAUUUUAUAGGACUUUGUCGGAUUUCUUACUAUAGUUUCUCUUGUUUUCUUGUGUGUAAAAUAGGUUGUUCUGCUUGAUUGGGUUACUCACACUUGUAUCUUCUUCUGUUGGGUAAUGUGGCUUAUCUUGCCAUAUAUUAUGUUCCAUGCUUUCAUCAAUAUAUAUAU